AUGCGCCUCCUCAUAGUGCAUUCUUUGGAAUUUGUUGAAUAUGCCGAACACCUCUCACCCAGAUAUGGUAUACUGUCACAUCGAUGGCAGGACCAAGAAGUAUCAUACCCAGACGUGAUCAAUGGGUGUGCCAAGCUAAAGAAGGGCUUUCCUAAACUUCUAGAAUUUUGCAAACGUUGUACAGAAGAUGGACUGUCGCUUGCUUGGAUCGAUACGUGUUGUAUCGACAAGAGCAGCAGUGCUGAGCUCUCAGAGGCCAUCAAUUCCAUGUAUAGAUGGUACCAGAAUGCCACUAUAUGCUAUGCAUACCUGAGUGACGUGGAGGCGGCAAAGAAUGAUCUAACCAGUGACGACGGCGACCUCUCAAAUUUCUCAACCAGUGAAUGGUUUGCACGAGGUUGGACAUUGCAAGAGCUCAUCGCACCCGGUGAGGUUCGCUUUUAUGAUCGCGACUGGCAGAGGUUGGGAACGAAACACAAGUUGUCCACCGAUAUCUCUAUGACCACAGGGAUCCCCCGCGAUGUUCUCUACGGCGAGGACCCUAGGCAUUACUGUAUUGCUCAGAGGAUGUCUUGGGCGGCUAAAAGGAAAACCACAAGAGUCGAGGAUCAGGCGUACGCUCUAAUGGGCCUGUUCGACGUCAACAUGCCCAUGCUUUAUGGUGAAGGAGAGAAGGCCUUCGUGCGGUUGCAGGAGGAGAUUAUGAAAUAUUCUGCAGAUCAUUCGAUCUUUGCAUGGCCGGGCAUCAUUACGAGCUACGACAGAGCUGAGAUUUACGACGUUGCCUACCGACGUCUCGAAGGUCUACUUGCCACAAGUCCUGCCGCUUUCGAGUUUUGUGGCGACAUCAAUUGGCAUCAAACCACAAACAUGCAGCAACCGUUCUCGGUCACUAACCUUGGGUUAUCCAUGGAAGUACUUCUUCGGCCAUGCUCCAUAGAGGUGUACGAGGCUAAGCUUGAUUGCUAUGUUCAACAGGGUUCGAAGUGUUUCAUUUCGAUCUUUCUGAGACAAACGGACCAAGACGGCCAGUAUAUGAGGCAUAUAUUCAGAGGAACAUCGGCACGGAUAUGGACAGAUAACCUGGACGAAAAGCGAAAAGAACGUGUCAAUAUUAUCCAAGGUCGGCAAGUCACCCCACCUGCCGUGUGCCAGCCAGUACUUUUGUUUUACAGAAGUCCCGUUUUCGACGUCAAGUCCGACUCAUUGCCCCAAACUCACAUACAAUCAGCUGGGCACUAUGACUCCUUGAGUGGAAUAGUGGAUAUUCUCACACGAUCUUACGGCUCUGUUGCCCUAUUACGAACUAAAGGGGGUCACCAGAGGUCCGACAUCGUGUCACUUGAUUUUGGAUUUGACUUCCUUUUCAAUCCAUCCCUCUGUCUCCGCAUCAAAUCCAGGAAGACCCAUGUAUCGAAAGGACAUCCUGUACCUUGCAAUCAGGUCACUUACGAUGCGUCCACAGGACGACACAUCUUCAUCGUGCGAAAAGUCGAGAGCGAUGGAUAUGAGUAUACAUUCCAAGGUCAUAGAGGUAAUGGUAUGCUCAUUUGGUUAAGCAACCUAAAUGCUGUUAUUAAUGUAGAGAAGAAAGCCUUAAUGCUCAUGAGGUGUUGGACAGUCGACAUACAGAGGGCAGAGCCUGGAUUUUCACAUUUCCUGUCGUGGAUCGACCAGGAAAACAAACAGACGAAACUUUUGGUCUCUACAGAUCGUGAAGAUAUUGCACAGGACGAUCUCUGUCCAAUCUGCACGGCUUUCUUGGACUCUCCUAUAACGACGCAGUGUAAACACACUUUCUGCCAAUGCUGCAUCCGAUGGGUGGAUGUUUCCAUCUCCUCGACACAGCUUGCUCUAAUCUCACUGAAUGAAGCUCCCGACGAUGAAUAUGCAUUAGAUAUCAAGCAAAUCAUGUGUCCUAUCUGUUGCAUUCCGACAAUUGUCCGCUUUGAUGCUGAUCGGCAAUGGGACCUACAACUUCGUUAUCCUACCAGCUAUCGCCAGGUGAAGUGGAGAGCACAUGAGAUCAGCCCCGAAAACUUUCCGGAGUAUCAAACAUUGACCCUUCUUGUCGGCAAUACACACAAGCUCAGGGAGGUCACACCUCACAGACAUGACUGGACCUUCUUUGUCCGGCCGUCGAACCCGGAAUGUGUGGCUGACGUGAAAGUCUUCUUGCACCACACCUACAAAAACAAUAUCAUUACACUGUCCAGUCCACCGUUCGAGCUUCGACGAUUUGCAUGGGGAUUCUUUGAUCUCUUUGCAGAGAUUACACUCAAGCCUGGUUUUGCAUUCCUACACGAGAAGGCAGUUGUAAAGGACGAUUGCAAAGCGACGCUCGGUCUGACGUGGGGACUCGAUUUCGAUGGCGAUGGUGGUCAAGGUUGGCUGAAAGUGGGUGUGCAUAGACUCAAACCAGCGUUGUCUGCUUAUGACGAGGAACUUCGAACCCAGCUCACCAAUUUGAGAGCUUUGCAGGUUGCUGCGAGGUCGAAGGAUACGUACAUGGUGACAUGA